AUGCAGAAGCAGCAGCAGAGUUUUACGAUGCUGCAGCGCGCGCCGCGCGAUGGUGGUAGUGACAGCCACGUCGAAGCGUGUGUUGGGCAAACACCAGAGAGCUGCGGAGUACUUCUAAAGGGCAGUCGAUCGCUGUCGCCGGCGCCAUGCUUCCCCAGCGAUAGCAUAUCCCCCUCUGCGCGCCAGCAGUCGCAGCAGGAUCACCACCUCGCCGGCACACCAUUGAAGGACCGUCGCCCGCCAUCCUCGCAGCCUCGCGAACCGUCUCAUGCGCCUCAACGACGCCAUCUGCACAAGCAACAGCAGCAGCUGAGCCCAGGCUACAGCCCACGCAGUCAUCGAGGCGACGGCGAGCGUGGCGCCAGCGGCAGUGGCGCCCCCCACAACUGGUGGCAGCGAACGGUGCCUUCGAACGGCAAGGCCUCUCCUUUUGGCGGCCAUACUCGUCCGCGCAAGCUUUCCCCGUCGGGAAACUCACCCGACGAGGACCGCCGUCGCAGCCAGCGUGAGAAACAGAUUCAGUUCGGGUACGUCACGGACGGCUACACAAACAUGAAGCGGCUCAUCGCGCACGAUCCGCUGCUGAGGAGCGGCGGCAUCCUCCCGCUUUCGCCACCGGACGUUGUCAAGGGGAGCAAACGCCUGUGGGACAUCCAACUCCGCAAGUGGCGUCGAGCACUGCACAUGUUCGACUACGUGUUCAUCGAUGGCGAGGAUCACCCGGAGACGCGGACGAAGGUGGUAGAGGAGCAGCGACGGCAGUGGGUAAGCGAGGCAUUCAACGAGAUGCCGCGUGAGGCGCGGCUGAAGAUCGACCUCGACACCCUGCGCGGCGUCCAGCGCUCCUCUGCCGUGCCGAGCAGAAUCCCCAUCGAGGAAGACCUGCGGUGCAUCCUGCGAAGCGACGACUGCUACGAGUCCGUCCGCAGCGUCGUACCGCAGAGCGCGUCGUCGCUGACCAAGGGCACCGAUAUCAGCCCCCUCGAGGCGGGCAUCAAGAUCCACAUUGCGCCGUCGGCUGCGGUGCUGCAGCGGCAGCAGGCACAACUCGAAAUGCAGCAGAGACUCUCCUCCCUUCACCAGCAACAGCAGCAACAGCAGGCGCUGGCAACAGAGGUGGCACCGGAAGGUAUGGAGACGGGCUUGCACGUGCCGAGCGCCCCACCAGUGCUAGGCGCAACGGUUGAGUGCGCGGCUGCUGAGCGACCCAUCGAGCUCUCACCAAGUCCGCGUCGCCCACCAUUGCCGCUGCCGUCUUCACCGUCGUCAUCGCAUGUCUCAUGCCCCUCUCUACCGCAGACGGCGUGCGAGACGACGCCGCAUCGGCAGCUCUGCUGCAGCCCACUCCCGCGCAAGACUGCAGCGCCAGCGUCCACAGCAUUCGGCAGUGCUGAGACAGCCCCAGGGAUCUCGGCCAGUCAGCCUCGCGCCGUCUCUCUCUCGGGCAGCUUAGCACCGGCGCAGGGUGUUUCACUGGGUUUGCCAGGCAUGUCGGCAACAGCUGCGGUGCUCGCGCCGCCCCCGCCGUUUGCCGGCCCUACACCUUGCACCGUGCCAAACAUGUGGGUGCCCGGAGCGGCUGUAUCGCCAACAUCGGCAGCGGCAGGAGGAGCCACCACAGCAGCGACCGCGCAGCCGCUAAUGUCGUGGUGCAGUCACUGCGGUCAUUGUAUCGAUCUUCCAGCGCCGGCCAUCACUGGUGCGCCGUAUGGAGGCAUGUGUGCCGGUACCACCGGCAGCCGCCGCGGAGUGCUGGCGCCGGCCCAGGUGCCGCUACAGCACGUAAACCCAGUCGCCAUAGGCGGCACCAGUGGUACCGUGAUGCCGCCGUCCAUGCAGCUCCCUGGUGCGAUGCCGUACAUGAGCCAUUCCACGGAUUCUAUGGCGGCGGCGGCGGCGGCGGUGGUCACCUCCCCUCUGUACUGGCAGAUGCUGGCACCGCCGGUUUUUGAGCGGAUUGGAGGUGGCGGCACCUUCACCGCGCACCAUGGCAGCAGUCACAGCCAGUAUCGCCAGUCCGAGAAGCGGCAAGACACCUUCGCAACGAUGCCGCGCUCUGCCGCAACUGUAGCUGGCAGAUCGUGUCCGCGAGACGGGCGCCGUCAUAGCAGCAGGGCCGUCGCUACCGGCAGCGGCGCGGCGACGCCGCAGACGGUGCCGCGGUUUGUCGCGCGACUCUCCACCUCGCCUAAUGAGGUACGACUCGGCGAGCGACAGUCCGCCGAACGCCUCCACAGCGCAGAAGUCGCCAGUGGUGAUGUGUCAGCGGCUACGAAGCCGCUUGCCGCAGACACCAGAGCAGCAGCGGCAGCGCCAGCACCGCUACGGCCGCCAUUCUCUGCCUUCGAUGCCGCUGCCGACGCUGCACGUCUGGAGAAAAGCCAGUCCGCAUUGGCGGUCACUCCUGAACGAACGCUCUUCGGCACGGGCAUCAUCGCGGAGGUGACGACAGAGCCGCGGCCAGUGGUUGUGGGGGCAUUGCAGCAAGACGAGACACCGCAGGGCACACCGUCGGGCAAGCCGAGGCCGACUCGGGAGGUCGAGGAUGCGCCAGUGGUCCCUCUUGGCUUCGAUGGCGACGAGGAGGAAGAGGAAGAGGCAGUGGACUGCGUGUAG